GGCCGGGGAUAAUUGCUUUCUUCACAUUGGUAAUAACAAUGAGAUCAGAGAGUUCUGUUCGAUUCACAGAUCAUCAAAGUCCACCGAUGCUGGUUAUUGACCGAUAUGAGCAAAAUCUCUAGUCUUUAUGAAGUGUGUUCUUACAGUCUCUUUGUGGAACAGGUCAUUGGCCAUGUGGUCGUAGAGGUUCACCAGUUUUGCCACAUUGGUUCUUUCUCUUGCAUCAGUGGUGGUUCAGUGGUUUCACAAGAUGUGCCAAAGUACAUGAUGGUGACCGGAGAAAGUUCAGAAAUUCGGGAUCUGAAUCUGGAAGGAAUUCCGAGCAGUGGAUUCACAAUUUCAGAGACCAGAAGUCUGAAAAGGGCGUAUCGUAAAAUAUUCAUAUCCAGCGAUGCCGUUUCUUUGGGUAUGGAGGAGCGUCUGGCCAAGACGAGAUGUCGCAGGAACAAGGCAGAGAUUUGUACAGAGUUCCCGUGGUGCGGGAAAAUGGUGCAGUCAUCUGGGGUUCUUUCUCUGAAAACCGUCGCGGGAUCUCCAAGUUGA